AUCGCAGUUUACUUAAUGACAUUCCUCAUCGUGACUGUUGCAUGGGCCGCUCAUAUUAGGUUGUUUCAAGUGAUUGUGCGCAUCGAUGACUGCCUUGCACUUCUGAACCUUGCAUGCAUGAUGCUGAUAACCUUUCUGCCAUACACUUUUUCUUUAAUGGCCACCUUUCCUGACAACAUCCUCGGGAUUUUACUUUUCUGUGGUUGUGUGAUGGUGAUUGGAGUCCUUCAGUCGGUGAUUGUGUUAUACGCCUUCAGCCGACCCUUCCUGCUGAACGAACAGGUCCAGAUUUCAGAAAAUCAAGUUUUCUAUAAAUGCCACAUCCUCAAAGUAAUCAUGAGGGUUCCCAUCAUGUGCUUCUUUGCCAGCAUCUUCUCCUUCAUCUUCUUCCAGCUGUCUUAUGUCAUCUUAGCCAUCGUCAUCUUCCUGCCUUACAUCUCUCAGAGCAUCAAGUGGUGUCGUAGCAAAGCAAUCGGCCAGGUGGAGGAGACUCCAGACUCUUUGUUUUUCUACACCUACCUCCCUAAUGAACCCCUCAGCAAGGAACGAGUGGAGGCUUUCAGUGAUGGUGUUUAUGCCAUCGUAGCAACCCUUCUCAUCCUGGACAUAUGCGAGGACAACGUUCCAGACCCGACGGUCGUGCAGAAGCAGUUUGGUGGUAGCCUAAUAGCAGCUCUGCAGGUCUACGGCCCCGAAUAUCUCGCCUACUUUGGUUCCUUUGCUACCGUCGGCCUCCUCUGGUUUGUCCAUCACUCACUCUUCCUCCAUGUGACGAAGACGACGCGCUUCAUGGGUUUGCUAAACACCUUCUCUUUGGCGUUUGUUGGAGGUUUACCUUUAGCCUACCAGCUAACGCACGAGUUCCCACGUGACUCUCAGAACGAACUGGAAGCCAUUCAGAUCAGCUGUGUCAUCAUUUUCUUUGCUGGAAUCUUUCAGCUCACCAUUUGGGUGGUUGCUCUUUACAAUGAACGGGAAACCUUGCACCCUUACGUGCGGUACGGUGAACGUGAGCAUGUGUUUAUGCUAGCUAAACUAUCUCUGUACCCCUGUGUUGCUUUGGGGACAUUUUUCCUCACGUGCAUUUUGAGUAAAUUUAGCGCCCCCAUCUUCCAUUUGAUGGAAAUUACCGUGCCUUUUGCUUUUCUUGUGCUAAGGCUUUUAGUUCGUAUUGGGCUAGCUUUGCUACGGUUAAUAUUCUGUCCUAACCGGGCUGAUCUAAGGACUGUUGUGGAGGAGGAAGUGACCGAAACAAACGUGCCUUUUAGCGCUCUAAUUACCUAAAAAAUUCAUGGAACCAACGGAGAUGUGAGGCAUUACUGCUGAAAGGCUUGGUCACUGAAAGAGUUAUGUCAUCAGCCUCUCAUCAGGACCUAAAUGAAAAGUGAUUGACUUAGUUUGCAGCAUUUAUUUGUUCAAAUUUAAGCAUAAAUCAUCACAAAUGGGAUUAAAUACAACCAGCUGUGUUGAAGAUGAAUGAAGGAUCCAAUAGGGGGGAAAAAAAUCACCCAUGUGUUGAUAAUAUGAUAUGAAGAGCCAAAGCUGAAUAAUUUCAUUCUUUUAACCAUUGUUAUUUUGAUCAGCUAAAGAUAAACAGGCUUGUACCUAGAUGACAAUCAGGACCUUCUAUUAACAGCUGCUUUCUUUAUUAUGCACAGUACAGACGAAGAAGUUCUCACACAGUAACGCAAAGCAACUUAUGGAAAAAAAAAAAAA